UCGUGCGUCGGGAUUGGUGGGAGCUAAUCCAGGGCUCACAUUACUUCACUGAAGGGGACGCGCAUUCCAGGCAGAAACAAAUAUCCGUGCUGUAGUCUAUACCGCAUGGAUAGGUCACAUUAUUUGUCGGAAGUCUUGAGACAGGUCAAUCCCGUGGCGUUAUUCUUCCGGCAUUCACGUUUACGCGACACAUUCACUCAUAAGAGCUGCGGCCGCAGUUUAUAUAUAAACCUCCUGUGCAUUUCACACUGCGUUAAUGUGAUUAUUCAGCCGGUGCCACGUUGUAGGUGCUAGGAAACUGCUUAAAGCUAAAGGUACAGUCAUGCUGCGUCUUGUGAGGAGCCAGGGCCGAGCCUUUAAGGGCUGUUUAUGCUGUCAGCGGAGGUUUCAGCAUCACCAUCAUCAUCAUCAUCAACAGCAGAAUCACAAGAGUGUCAUAGCCAUCCGCCGCGAGGAUGUCAACGUGUGGGAGAGACGUGCUCCUCUGGCACCACGACACAUCAGGGAGAUCACAGCAGCUGGGCAUAAGGUGCUCGUCCAGCCCUCCAACAGACGGGCCAUCCACGACAGAUACUAUGAAAAAGCAGGAGCUAUUAUCCAGGAGGAUAUCUCUGAAGCAUCUCUCAUCAUCGGUGUGAAAAGGCCCCCGGAGGAAAAGGUGUACCCCCACAAGACCUAUGCCUUCUUCUCUCACACAAUUAAAGCACAAGAGGCAAACAUGGGGCUCCUAGAUGACCUUCUUAAAAAGGAAGUUCGACUCAUUGAUUAUGAAAAAAUGGUGGAUCCUAAUGGCUACAGAAUUGUAGCAUUUGGACAGUGGGCAGGUGUUGCUGGAAUGAUUAACAUUUUACACGGUUUGGGCCUGCGUUUUCUUGCCCUUGGACACCACACCCCAUUCAUGCACAUUGGUAUGGCGCACAACUACAGAAACGUCAGCCAGGCCAUCCAGGCAGUGAGGGAUUGUGGGUAUGAAAUAUCCUUAGGUCUGAUGCCCAAGUCCAUUGGACCUCUUACGUUUGUGUUCACUGGCACCGGCAAUGUGUCCAAGGGCGCCCAAGACAUUUUCAACGAGCUCCCCUGCGAGUAUGUGGAGCCUCAUGAAUUGAAAGAAGUCUCAGAGAAUGGAGACAUGACCAAAGUGUAUGGCACAGUGAUCAGUAGACACCACCACCUGAUAAGAAAGAGCGACAGACUCUACGACCCCCUGGAGUACGAAAACCAUCCUGAGCUUUACACGUCACACUUUAGGGAGACGGUGGCCCCAUACACAACCUGCCUGAUAAAUGGCAUAUACUGGGACCCUCACACACCUAGACUGCUGCGGAGACUGGACGCCCAGCGGCUCAUUAGACCCGUUAUAUCUGCAUCGUCAUCACCCGACCACGGCUGCCCUGCACUUCCCCACAAGUUCUUGGCCAUUUGCGACAUCUCUGCAGACACGGGCGGCUCCAUUGAGUUCAUGACUGAGUGCACCACUAUUGAGAAGCCCUUCUGCAUGUAUGAUGCCAACCAGCAUAUUGACCAUGACAGUGUGGAAGGUAAUGGCAUUCUCAUGUGCUCCAUCGAUAACCUGCCCGCCCAGCUACCCAUUGAGGCCACCGAAUAUUUUGGGGACCGGCUGUUUCCUUACGUCUGGGAGAUGCUCCCAUCAGACGCCACCAGACCUCUAGAGGAAGAGGACUUCUCUCCACAAGUCAGAGAUGCUGUAAUUACAUCCAAUGGGAAGUUGGCACCCAAGUUUGAAUACAUUCAGAAACUUCGAGAAAGGAGGUUGAGAGACAGGGAAUCGGAGCAGAUCCUAAAGAAAGGAGGAAUGAAGCGGGUGCUUUUGCUGGGUGCAGGCUAUGUGUCUGGGCCAGUUAUCGAGUAUCUCACCAGGGACACUGGCACACAGGUCACAGUGGCAUCAAAUUUAUUGAAUCAGGCUGAAGACUUGGCAGCCAAGUACCCCAACACCGUCGCCGUGAUGCUGGACAUCACCCGCCAGGAAAACCACCUCGAGUCUCUGAUCAAAGACCACGACAUCGUCAUCAGCAUGCUGCCGUAUGCAUUUCAUCCACAAGUAGCUAAGCAGUGCAUUAAAAUGAAGGUGAACAUGGUGACCGCCAGUUACAUGAGCCCAGCCAUGAAGGAGCUCCAGAAGAGUGCUGAGGAUGCUGGCAUCACCAUCGUCAAUGAGAUGGGUCUGGACCCUGGCAUUGAUCACAUGUUGGCCAUGGAGUGCAUCGACCAGGCCAAGGCAGACGGUUGCACUGUGGAAUCGUACAGUUCUUUUUGUGGUGGUCUUCCUGCCCCAGAAUGCUCGGAUAACCCUCUGCGUUAUAAGUUCAGCUGGAGUCCGUACGGCGUGCUGCUCAACACAAUCAGUCCAGCCAUCUAUCUGAAAGACAAUCAGGUGGUAAGUGUUCCUCCCGGCGGGACUCUCCUGGACGUCACAAAGCCCAUGGACUUCAUGCCCGGCUUCAACCUGGAAGGGUUCCCCAACCGGGACAGCACCAAAUACGCACAGCCGUACGGGAUUGAGUCUGCACACACGCUCAUCAGAGGAACUCUACGCUUCAGGGGCUUCUCUUCUGCAAUGAGUGGUUUCGUCAAACUGGGACUCAUCAACACUGAGCCCUGUCCGCUGCUGGGACACACGGCUUCUCCUGUCUCGUGGAAAGAGCUUCUAUGUAGGCAGAUUGCUUUGUCCACAUCUGUGAGCAACAGUGUGUUUGAAGACGCUGUUUAUGAGCAGAUCGGACGGGAUGACUUCAGGAUGCAGACUCUCAGAUGGCUCGGGAUGCUCAGUGAAGAGCCGGUUCCUCACGCCGACACCAUCUUAGCAGCAGUUGCCAAGCAUCUGGAGGCCAAGCUGUCUUUCGCUAAAGGUGAGCGUGAUAUGGUGAUCAUGAGGAACGAUGUUGGAAUCAGACACCCGACGGGCGAGCUGGAGACAAAACACAUCAGUCUAGUGGUCUAUGGGGAUCCCAGUGGAUACUCAGCCAUGGCCAAAACCGUGGGCUACCCAGCAGCCAUUGCAACUCGUAUGGUGCUCAAUGGUGAACUGACCAAUAAAGGACUCGUGGUGCCGAUGACGAAGAGCAUCUACGGUCCGGUUCUGAAGAGACUGCAGGAGGAGGGUCUCCAGUACAUCACCAAGAGCACCUUAUCAGAGUAACCACACACCUUAAGAUCUUAAACUCACUCGUUCUGCUCCACACGUCUAAUAUACGUGCGGUAACGAUUACACACAAUCUUUAACUUCAGAGCGAUCCAACGGCUAGUACUUUUCUUUUCAAACUGAAAUCUAACAGUAGAUUUAGUGAGUUCGUAGAUGUUGACAAUGAGUUUCAUUUUUAUCAGUGUUCACACAAAGCGCUUUGACACAAAACCGUCCCAUUUCCACUUCCUGCCAUCGAAAAUCAACUUUGUGUUUCUUUAAAUGAACGUCUGCCUCUGUCGAGUUCAAAACGAGCAGUAGCAUCAUAGUUAUGUGAAACAAAGUCAUGUUGAGUACUACUGAUAAAAUUAGCCGUUUUCUGUAAGGCUUUAACGUCAGGUCAACUGAAUCUUAAAUGUGAAUCUCGCCACUGUAAGGAAGUAGUUUUUGGUUGUUUUAAUGUUCAAACGAUAAUAUAAACUUUCUUAAGGUAAUGUGGCAUAAUAAUCGAGACCGUUUGAAGAUUGGCACGUCCAAAGAGUUGUUUUAAAACUAGCUUUUGUCCAAUAAAAAUUUUGCUUUCGUUUUA